AUGUUGAAGGAGGAAGAAAGUCAAGAACAGAGCAGUGAGAUAAAGGAAAACAUGGCAUCCAGAACAGAAUACUAUCUUGAAUCACUCAUAACUGAUGCUUUUAAGGGAAAGGGAUUUCAGAAAAUAAAUGAACUGUUUGAAGAAAAAGAAAUUUACCCUCCUCAAAAAUACAGCAAACAAUUGUUUAACCAACUUGACAAAGUGUUGAAAAAGGAGUUGGACAAGAAUGAAUUCCAAAAUGUUUCCUUGUUGUUGAAAUGCAUUCAGAUGUACUUUAAAAGUGAUCCUCAAGAAGGGGCAAGCUUGCUUAUUCAGCAAGGGCUGAUACCAAAGAUGGUAUCUUGGUUUGAAAGAGCAAGAGAAUUUUUGAUCCUCAUAGAGCCAGCACAGAAUAAAUCUCUGCUGAGACUUGUGGAAGAUUUCUUUGACUCUGCGUUGGUCAUUUGCAAAUGCAACAGUGAAGGAAAGAAACAGUUGCUGGAUUCAUUCUUACCUGACCUAGGACAGCUAGUGACUGAAACAAAGGUUGGCUGUGCACUUCGGCAGGAGGCUUUGAGGACUCUGAACUCCAUGCUGGACAGUGUACCACGGGAAGAGAGAAGAAAAUUUCCUAUGUCUGAAGAAAUGUGUUCGCUUACGAAAGAUCUGGCAAAAACAAUUCUGGAGGUUGGUGAUUAUGACCUUCAGGUUGCUCUUUCGGAAGCACUGUGUAGGCUGAUAACAAAAAAAUGGAGGGAUGACCUUGUUCACAACUGGUUUGAAGAUGAUUAUCUUGCUGAAGCUUUCAAAGAGAUAAAGGAUAGAGAAUUUGAGACGGACUGCAGAAAAUUUCUCAAUCAACUAAAUGACAGACUUGGGGAUAAAAAAAGAGUUUAUUCAUUUCCCUGCAUAUCUGCUUUUGCCGACAUGGAGGAGGUGAAGAAGCCAUCAGAUGAGAAACUGGAGGAGUUUUGGAUUGACUUCAAUGUUGGAAGUCAAAGUGUGUCUUUCUACAUAGACAGCGCUGAGGGUGCUCUUUGGGACUCAGUGAGGCUGCCAAGGGAAGUGGUCAGUAGUUACAGUCUGAGAGAGGAUAACGGAGAAGAGAUAGUUAAAAUUUACAUGAAGAACCCUACUAUGAUCAAUGGCAAAGAAGUAACAAAAAUCAAAAUUCACUUCAGUGCCAAAUUUGAUAUUUUAAAUACACUCAAUGAAGUUCUGGGAAAAGACAAAAUGAUGGCAAUAAUAACUAAUGAAUCCAGCUACUUACAGUGGAAGAAAGAUUCUACAAACAUUGAAAAAACAGACUCUUUAUCUGACAUCCUGACAUCUCAAUAUAGUGAUCAAUCACAUAAAACUAGUUCUGGUAUCACUACGAGCAUGGGAAGCCAACAGACUGAAACCGAAGAUGCUAAGCUAAGCCAAGAGUGUGAAGCUGCAGUUUCCCAAACUCUUUCAGCAAAAAAGUCUAAAACUCCAUCACCUAAACUGAAUGAUAAAACCAGUGAGCCAUCCAUAGAAGAACAGCCAGAUAUACAGUUUGUAGAAGAACAUUCCCCAGAGAUUGAUGAAUGGGAGAAGAAAAAUAGAAGAACAAGCGUAGGCAAAGAAAUAAUAGAAGCAAAGAUGAAUUCCUAUGACUUUGAAAAUUCAUCUGACUCUCUGCAUUAUGAGAAGGUUUCUGAAGCAAAACAAAAAAUUCUUGGCCAGAGGGUUUCUUUACAAAACCAGAGGAAACAUCUUUUCUCCGAAAGUAAUCGUGACACUGCAAGCAAUAGUCACAGUGAAAAGAGCUGGAUCCUUGAUUCUCAGAAAAAAUCACUACCAAAAACCCUAGAUUAUACCCGAAGAAGGCCCAGGGUCAGGAGUAAAUUAAAAGUGUUGCCAUUAUCAUCUGCAAGUAGUGGCAGUGAUUACCACACAAAGAAAGUUGCUGUUUCAAGACCAACAAUGCACAGGGAAGUGCUGAAGAAGGAAAUUAAAUCCAGUGCAAUGAGGCUUGAUUUCUCUGCAGUGGAGCUCCCUGAUGAUUUGGAAGCAGACGAUCUGACACUACCAUUAAGUGCAUCUUCCCAUGAGUAUUCUGAUGCUGGAGAGAAGAAGAAAUAUGCAGAGGUAUCCAGUAAAUUACCAGGAGAAGAUAAAGUCUCCAAAUUUAAACGAAAAGGUUCAGAUCUAUCGCCUGGUGGUGUCGUUAAAAAGCGCAAACUUUCAAGAUGGGAAAUGGGUCAGUCAUCUCCUGGCAUUUCCCCUGAGCCAAGAAAACUUUUUGAUUCAAUAGAGAAGAAAAAGGAGAUUCAAACAGGUGGGGAAUCGGAUGAAUCAGAUGACAUCUUUGUCUCCAAGAUACUGCAUGAGGACGUCAGUGUCAUUGCUGCCUUUGAAAGCUUUACCAAACAACUAACGAAAACAUUCUGGCCUGCAAAAUACAUAAACCAACUUGCAGCAGUCAUCUGCUGCCUUGUGACACUGCAUUUUAAAGAUAUUGAAUUUAUAUUUAUUGCCUACAGACUGAAUAAAUUGGAGAACUUCCACAAGGUGGUUGUCCAAGAACUUGCCAAUCUUGAGAAGGAUGCUCAAAUUUUAUCCAUCCUUGAGAAGGACACAGUGGACUUUUGGAAUAAACAGUCCAUCAAACUGAGCUCUUUCUGUAAUCAUCAAAAGCAAAGGAUUCAGUCUAUGGAUUCAGUAUUGGAAGAAACUGCAAGGAGUUUUAAAGAUACAAUACAAAAUACAAAGUAUGAACAUCCACAGGAGAAGGUGGAAGAAAAUAGUAAGGUGUUCGUUGUUGCUUCUGAUUAA